GCAGCAGCAGCAGCAGCCCGCACACCACCACCACCACACUGUUUCUAUGUAUGUGCCGGCACAGUGCAGACAGAGGUUGUAAACAUGGCGGCGGACGGGAUGGUGCUCACCAACCACGACCAUCAGACCCGAGUGGGGAUCCUAACUGUCAGUGACAGCUGUUUCAGGAACUUGGCUGAGGACAGGAGUGGAGUUAACCUGAAAGACCUGGUCCAUGACCCCUCACUGCUAGGAGGAGUCAUAGCAGCCUACAAGAUUGUUCCAGAUGAGAUUGAUGAAAUCAAGGAAACUCUUUUGGAGUGGUGUGAUGAACAGCAGCUGAAUCUCAUUCUCACUACUGGAGGAACUGGCUUUGCACCACGAGAUGUUACACCUGAGGCCACUAGAGAAGUGAUAGAGCGGGAGGCUCCGGGUAUGGCUCUCGCCAUGCUGAUGGGAUCACUUAACGUUACACCACUGGGCAUGCUGUCCAGGCCCGUGUGUGGUAUUCGUGGAAAAACUCUGAUCAUCAACCUGCCAGGGAGCAAGAAGGGCUCUCAGGAGUGUUUUCAGUUCAUCCUGCCCGCUCUGCCCCACGCCAUAGAUCUACUGCGUGAAGCCACAGUCAGGGUGAAAUCCACACACGCUGCCUUAGAGCAGCUGCCCUCCCCUUCCCCUCUGAUGGCCAACACGCACAUCGACACGCAUAGCAACAUGCACACCAUGGAGCGUGGCACCCAGUGCGAGGAAGAGGAGGACGAGGAGGAGGACAGGAGGAGAGCUCGGCAUGUGCACAACCACCACCAUCACCAGCACGGCUCCUCCCACAUCACCGCAGCCGCGAUCGCUGCAAAGACAAGCCAUGCUGUGGUCAUGGCUAAGGGGGGUCCCUACCUGCCCAGCAACUCACCCGCCCCGCCCACUCAUUUUACCUGCUCCUGUACCCAUGACCAGCAGAUCCCGGACUCUAUAAUUUCUCGAGGCGUUCAGGUGCUUCCUCGAGAUUCAGCCUCUUUAAGCUCCACCCCUUCAGAGUCACCACGGGCCACACAGGCGACCUCCCGCCUGUCCACCGCCUCAUGCCCGACACCCAAGGUUCAGUCACGAUGUGGCAGUAAUGAGAACAUCCUGAGAGCCAGCCACAGCGCUGUGGACAUCAGUAAAGUGGCACGCCGUCAUCGUAUGUCUCCGUUCCCAUUAACGUCAAUGGACAAAGCCUUCAUCACUGUUCUGGAGAUGACACCUAUUCUGGGAAUUGAAGUCAUUAACUACAGAGACGGUUUGGGUAGAGUGCUCGCUCAGGACAUCUAUGCCAAAGACAACCUUCCUCCAUUCCCUGCUUCCGUUAAAGACGGCUACGCUGUACGAGCUGCUGAUGGCCCGGGCGAUCGCUUCAUCAUGGGAGAAUCGCAGGCUGGACAACAGCCCACCCACACAGUGAUGCCAGGUCAAGUGAUGAGGGUGACGACCGGGGCUCCGAUUCCUUGUGGAGCCGACGCUGUGGUCCAGGUAGAAGACACAGAGCUUCUGAGGGAAUCUGAGGAUGGCACAGAGGAGCUGGAGGUCAGGAUUAUGGUCCAGGCCCGGCCAGGACAGGACAUUAGGCCAAUAGGUCAUGACAUACGGCGAGGGGAGUGUGUGUUGGCUAAAGGAACACACAUGGGCCCGUCAGAGAUCGGCCUACUGGCUACAGUGGGAGUGACGGAGGUCAGCGUUCACAAGUUCCCUGUGGUGGCUGUCAUGUCCACUGGAAAUGAGCUGUUGAACCCAGAGGACGACCUCCACCCAGGAAAAAUCAGAGACUCCAACCGCUCCACUUUGCUGUCCACCAUCCAGGAACAUGGAUAUCCCACUAUCAACCUGGGCAUUGUUGGAGACAAUCCUGAUGACUUGUUGUCAGCUCUCCAUGAGGGAAUCAGUCGUGCCGAUGUCAUCAUCACCUCUGGGGGCGUGUCCAUGGGGGAGAAGGAUUACCUAAAGCAGGUGCUGGAUAUUGACCUUCAUGCCCAGAUCCACUUUGGACGAGUCUUUAUGAAGCCAGGUCUUCCUACUACCUUUGCCACAGUUGACAUUGAUGGAGCACGGAAACUCAUCUUUGCUCUGCCAGGUAACCCAGUGUCUGCUGUGGUGACAUGUAACCUGUUUGUGAUUCCUGCUCUGAGAAAGAUGCAAGGCAUUCUGGACCCAAGACCUACAAUUAUUAAAGCUAGGCUUUCCUGUGAUGUGAAGCUCGAUCCCAGACCAGAGUACCACCGCUGUAUUCUCACCUGGCAUCACCAGGAACCACUGCCCUGGGCACAAAGCACAGGAAACCAGGUAUCCAGCAGGCUAAUGUCGAUGCGAAGCGCCAACGGUCUGCUGAUGUUACCUCCUAAAACAGAGCAGUACGUGGAGCUGCAUAAGGGAGAGGUCGUGGACGUCAUGGUCAUUGGACGGCUAUGAUGCAGACUUCAAUGUCACUCGCUACCGACUACCAUGGCAGUGCCAGAUCUUCCUGUCUGGACAGGAAACGGGCGGGUCAGGAAGUGAUGCAUGUCUACCUGGUCGCUAUUAGCUGUGAUGUCAUAUGCAACAGCCAAUCGGAGCCAGCGGAGGCUGAAACCUCAUUGGUCUGCUCUAAGGAGAUCACUGUAUUUCAACGGAGAAAAAAAAAUGUGAAAAAAAUAAAAUAAAAUAUGAGAUUUAUUCUGUAAUAUUAUUAUUAUUAUUAAUUAUUAUUAUCCUGAUGAUAAUGAUUAUCAAUAUUCUUAAUUAAUAUUCUAUUUAUUAUUAUUAUCAUGGUCCUAAUUGAAUAUUAUCAUCUUAGUAGUAAUCAUGCCCUAUUUUAUUCUGUUCAUUUGCUUUGUGUGUUUGAUAUUUUUCCCUGAUCGAUAUCGAGACUUUCUCCUCCUUCCGCCUCUCCUUCUGACCUUUUUUUAUUUAUUUAAUUUUUUUUAUACCUUUUCUCUCCCGCUUUUUUCUCUCUUCUUCUCUUGUGCUCUGGCACUCUUUACCCAGAUAUAGGACUCCCUAAAAACCCCUCCCUGCAGUAUCACUUCAUCUCUCACUCACACAUCAGUAUUGAAAGAAAAAUGAACAGCUUAUAAAAAAAAAUAUUUUGAUUAAAGCUACUAAUAUCGUUUGUGCCAGUACAGUAAAUAUGACUUUUUUGCCAAAAAAAAAGGAAAAAAACACAAGAAUAUUUGUUUGUUUUUUCCCCCAGAUAUAACAUUUUCAUAAUGAAAUUCAUCAUGACUCUCAAAUAAAGGCAUGGGAUUAUUUUUGGGUGGGUCAGUGGCAGGAUGAGGAUUUCUGUGGUCAGAUAUAAACAUAAUUGCUUUCAUAAAUACACAAUGACUUCUAGGAUCUGUAGUCAGGGAGGAGCCUGUCUCUUCCAUCAGAGUCGGACCAUAUGGACAGUAUUACUAUAACCGUAACCCUGUACUCAAGUGGUGUUUGAUUUACACAAGGUCAUAGUUGGAGAGAGAGAGAGAGAGGCUGUCCUCCAUCGAACCACACAAACAUGAACAAAAUAGCUGCUUGAGUGAGUACUGUUUUUUCCCAACUUGGAGAAAAAACUCCAACCCGACAUCACUUGAAAGCAGGGUGUCACGUUCAGGUGCUUGUAAACUAAACAACUGGUGUAUUUCUACCACGAUGAUGGUGUCAAGGUGCUUGUUAAAGAAAAAGAAAAUCAACACAGUUUGUAAAGAAAACUACAUUAUUUGACUGCUUUACUGUAUAUAGUCUGAGAAAUAUCACUGAGAAAUAAUAAUAAUAAUAAUGUCUGAUAUUUAGCCCACAAUAAAACCUUAAUUUAUUUACAAUAGCAUUAACAAGGUAGUAGGCCAGUUGGCUGUUGUAUCCUGCUGGUUAAACACUCAAUCGUUUACUAAUUCCCAAGGACCGCUUAAAAUGCAACAUAUGCAAUCUGUGAGUCCCGAGCAUUCACCAAUGCACCAUACCUUAACUUCUUUAGUUUCUCUUUUUCUUCCCAUCAGCACACGGUCAUAGGUCGAAUGCUUCAGGUCAUAUUGGAAUAAUAUUACAAAAUUCCGGUACUUGAAUUGGUACUUCGUAUUUAAAGGUACUUAAAGAUGACAUAAUUGAUGUAUUUCCUGGUUGAUCUUCAGCUUCAGUUUCCCCAAAAAUGUGUUCAGAUCUUUACUCUAUGACCUUAAUGCAGCAAAACUUCUGAGCUUUGACCCCUCACUUGAUAGGCUGAUGCAGUCUUCCUCCACCCCUCACUCUCCUCUUCAUCUAUCUUCCUUUUUUCCCCCCUUUCCCCUCCUUCUCCACACUUCUUGCAUGUCUAUAAAAAGGGGGGCGUGUCAUUCUCUUUGGGCAGGUUUUCAUUCCAGGCGUGAGAGGAGGGUGCAGCUCCUGGGUGGGACUUCUGAUCUGACUAAGUGUUACAUUUCUGGCAGUUCUUGAUAGGUUUAUUGGUGCGUAAGAAGAGUUUUCAUAGUCCAGGCUCUGGUACCAACACUGUCUUCUCAUUGAUCUCAGCUCAGAUGUCAGAAACUUCCCAGUUACCUCAAAUGCACCAUAUAUCAAUCAGUGGCUCAUGCUGGGUUCAUGUCAUGGAAAAUAAAGUGGCAGAACAGGGUGACUUUUUUUGAUUAAAGCAGUAGUUCAUUCAGUGAUAGGACCACAACCACAUUAAAUAUAUAAAAAAAAAACACUUUCCACGUUUAUGUUUUUGGCAGCUCAUACUUACAAUUACCCCAUUAUGACAUGAACACAGCAUCACAAAAAACGUGCUGGCACCUGCCCAAGGAGGACCAAUCAAACCCAGAUAGAUUGAUUUGAGUAAGAAGAAGCAGGUUAUUGUUAAACUGCCUUUGUACUGAGUGAUUCGUAACACUGGACUAAACUCAGUGUCACACUGCACACACUAUAAACUAUGACCAGCACUUGUAAUGAAGCAAUGACACAGCAUUCUACUACUACUGUAUAAAUAUAAUGAAGAGGAUGUUCUUUUCUGUAAUGAUAUUAUUGAAACUGAAGAUUAAUUAAUAAAAAUAAUCCUGAUUAUUCUGUA